AUGUACUCGGAAAAACCGUUCUUUACCAAGCUGAUAAUGAGCGGGUUGACCACCAUGUUAACUUUGGUGUCUGCCUGCUGUAAUGGAUUUGUUAUUGCAGUCGUUGCCAGAUUCAAAUCGUUACGAACAGUUCCAAACAUUCUCCUUUCCAACCACGCUCUGGCUGACUUGGUCAAUGCCAUCAUCUGUGUGCCUCUUUACAUGAUGUACACCGUUUUAGAGGCCAGUUGGUUUCGAGGGAAGACAUUGGCAAUCAUGACAAGUUUCUUUGACCGAGUUUACAUCGCCAUCAACCUUACCUCGCUGUUGGCGAUGAUCGUAAAUAUUUUCCUUGCCAUUUCCUAUGACCUGAAAUACAAAGUCUGGAAAAGCAACAGAAAAGCCUUACUGUGCGUUUUUCUGAUCUGGUUGAUUGGCAUCGGGUUCGUGAUUGUCGUCUCCAUUCCCCUUCUCAACAUAGAUCUUGGAAACGCUCAUGUCACUGAAUACAGAGCGGUAAUUUACGAGCAAGGAAAAUAUUUUGUGGCAUCGUUCAUGGCAUUAUUCAUCAUUUCUGUUGCAAUUCUUGGCUUCUUGACGACUCGCGCGAUAAAAUCGCGGCGGAAAGAGUGGGCUGAGAUGAACUUAAGCCCUCUACAAGCCGAAGUUCGUUUGAAACGCGACAUUCAAGCUUGCAAAACCAUCGCCAUAAUAAUCGCUACCAACUUCUUUACCCAUGUUCCGGCAAUAUUUUUCGCAAUUGUGGAUUUGGAAAAUGGUUCAUUGGCCCAAUCCUGGCUUGCAUUCUUUGCAGUCUACAUUCACUACCUCAGUAGUGCAUUGAACCCGAUUAUUUACUAUGUACGAAAUAGUCGAUUACAGUCCGCUCUCAGGCAGUUUCUGGAAGAUCCCCUUGGAUCUCGUGACUUUAGAGAGAACGCUGUUACCAUGAUCAACGUAAGAACCAUGAGUAAUAAUAACGGUAUAGUAGGAACAAAGGACAACAGAAUGGAGCACGCAUGUGCAAGCGAACUUGAUCUGCGUGGAGGCCUAACAAGGCGAAAUAUUUCAAAUGAUCAGGAAAACGAAGAGAUCAUCCUUUCCAUAAACACGAUACCGAUCGAGGCCUGGGCUUAA